AUGUCCAAGGAGCGCAAACUCCACUUUCCCAAGUUCCUACUCCCAUCGACCAUAUUCCCUACACACGGGCUUUCUCCGGACUCCAAAUCCCGCAAGUCCAAGUACCUGGAAGGACAUGUUCCCUAUCUGCGCUGUGCAGGGUGCGCAUCACAACUUUGCUUCGCCUCCCAGAUUAUUAGCAAGGGAUUUACAGGUCGCCAUGGACGUGCAUAUCUCGUCUCAGCGGAGCCGGUGGCCACAGCCGUGUCGGUCAGCGCGUCCUCUUCGCCCACAACUUCACUCCCAAACACAAUAUUACAGCGCCCAGUUCCUCGCCAGUUAGUCACAGGUGCCCAUACAGUCAGCGAUGUGAGUUGCGCAUUCUGUGACAGUGUUUUGGGCUGGAAGUAUGUUGCAGCCGAGGAGGAAUCACAGCGAUACAAGGUUGGCAAGUUUAUUCUGGAAACCAAGAAAAUCACCACCUCUUCCUGCUGGGAGUCUCUGCCUACUCUUGAUCCGUCUAUGCGAUCAGAACAGCAAUCGGAAGGAAUCGAAUCUGCCCCCACAGACGCCGAGUUUGACAGUCAGGAUGAAGAUGAGUGCGAGGAUUUGUUCGCUGGCAUUUGGAGUCCUGGACUCGCUACGCGUCGACGAAGUCGCAAGAUUGAACGUCGACCUGCCAUGUUCUAA